AUGGCGUUUGAUUCGCCCAUACACCACUCACUGUGUGAAAUGCGUGCUCUCCUUGUCGCCUUGCUGGCCAUCACUUCAGUUUCGGCGGAAAUCAUCGGUCUCGAGACAAAAUCUUUGAGAAAUGGUAAUGAGCUGAAACCUGCAAAGCGGCCACUUCGCCUGAUUAUCAUGCGGUUUUGUCCGUGGUGUGAGCGAGUUCUUCUAGUUCUUGCACAAAAGAACAUCAACUUUGAAGUUGUAAAUGUGAAUCUUUCCGAUAAGCCGAAAUUCUUAUUCGAUAAACAUCCUUAUGGCAAAGUACCCAUUCUGGAUCACAACAAUAAGACGAUAAUCGAGUCGGCUUUGAUAUCCGAGUAUCUGGAUUGGAUCCAUCCUUCUAAACCGGUCUUACCGCUCGAUCCGUACUUGAGAGCUAAACAAAGGAUGAUUGCUGCCCAUCUAGAAGACAAGGUGCCUGCAGCUGCCUAUGCCCUGGUCAGUGAACGACGAAAUCCUGCAGAAAAAGAGUCGGCAAUGUCAAUGCUACAAGACGCUCUCACUUCAGCUGAAAAGCUACUCACUGACACCUUCUAUGGAGAUCGUGAGCCAAGUUUUUGCUGA